GCUGCCCGAGCUGCGUUCCGCGCCGCCGCCGCCACCGCGCCUCGAAGUUUGCCGGCUGACUCGGAAAGUUGCGCUCCGGCUCGGCCGCCGCAGCGCGUCCAGCCUCCUUGCCUGCCCCGCUCGCCGCCGCCGCCCUCCGCGGUGCCCCGGCCCCGCCAACACCCGCAGCCCCGGCCCCGCCUGCCGGGGGCAUGUGAGCCGUGGCCGCCCCGAGAGGCCGUGCGGGCUGCACGGCCCCGGCGCCUCCCCGAGGCAGCGCGCGGGCGAGGGGCGCGCCCCGGCCCCAGGGCCCCAGGCAGCCUGGGUCGCCAUGGGCUUCCAGGGCAUGGAGCUGUGCGCCAUGGCCGUGGUGGUGCUGCUGUUCAUCGCGGUCCUCAAGCAGUUCGGCAUCCUGGAGCCCAUGUCCAUGGAAGACAGCAGCGACAGUGAGCUGGAGCUGUCCACGGUGCGCCACCAGCCGGAGGGGCUGGACCAGCUGCAAGCACAGACCAAGUUCACCAAGAAGGAGCUGCAGUCCCUCUACAGGGGCUUCAAGAAUGAGUGUCCCACGGGCCUGGUGGAUGAAGACACCUUCAAACUCAUCUACUCACAGUUCUUCCCUCAGGGAGACGCUACCACCUACGCACACUUCCUCUUCAACGCCUUCGAUGCCGACGGGAACGGGGCCAUCCGCUUCGAGGACUUUGUGGUCGGGCUCUCCAUCCUGCUGCGAGGAACAGUCCACGAGAAGCUCAAGUGGGCCUUUAAUCUCUACGACAUUAACAAGGAUGGCUACAUCACCAAAGAGGAAAUGCUGGCCAUCAUGAAGUCCAUCUACGACAUGAUGGGCCGCCACACCUACCCCAUCCUGCGGGAGGACGCGCCCAUGGAGCACGUGGAGCGGUUCUUCCAGAAAAUGGACCGGAAUCAGGACGGGGUGGUGACCAUUGACGAGUUCCUGGAGACCUGUCAGAAGGAUGAGAACAUCAUGAGCUCCAUGCAGCUGUUCGAGAAUGUCAUCUAGGACAUGAGCAGGGGGCUGGGGGCCACUGCCACCUUCACCCCCAAGUAACCUCAAUCCUGCCAGGAGCAGCCUCCAUGAGAAACGUUUUUUUAAAUAUAUUUGAAAGUGAA